GAGCAUCUUAACCGGUUCGCUCAAUUAUAAUUAAAAAUAUGUAUGUAUUUUCAUUCGUUACCGGUUCAGAGAGAGGGCUUGAAGAGGCCUUAGCAGAUCCACUAGUUUUAUUUAACAGGUUUGCUUUAUCAAUGUGUAUGUGCUUCUAAGCGAGUUCGAUGCCUCAGUUAACCGUUUUUUGGCCGUAAUCUCUUUGAUUGCCGCUUUCUCCUUUUAGAUGUUCUCUAUGCUACUCUUGUUCUGAGUCGUUUAGUGCCUUUUAAUAUUUCUUUCUUUAAACAAAAACAUGGACAUUUAUUUAAAAAAAAUACUUUUAAGAUUUACACAUGUAUGUGUGUACAUAUUAUGUAAAUGUACAAUGUGUAUAAUAAAAACUAAUGUAGAGUACAUCUGGUGAGCUGGCGAUAUAUAUACAUAAAUAAAUGAACACCAUUUCAAAUGCCUAUGACAUAGGAACUCGUGACAAGUCAGACUUCUAUAAAGUGUACAUCGAUGGUACAGAAACUCGCGUUGUCCUAAGUUUUUGUGAAAAAUUUAACUGUACGGUUCAAAUUAACACUUCUGAUGCAGAUGACUGGGGUACGGUGUAUCCAAAUAUGUCUGGAAGCGGAUCUUUGGGCAUGGUGCUCAAACACAAAGCCGAUAUUUGUAUUGGCGCAAUGUAUUCGUGGUAUGAAGAUUACAGACUUUUGGAUCAUUCUAUGUACCUUGCCCGAUCCGGAAUAACAUGCCUUGUUCCUGUACCUUUACGUCUUGCAAGUUGGUAUCUUCCCCUGGAGCCAUUUCAAGAAACUCUAUGGUUCGCAGUUCUAGUAUGCCUUACAAUUGAAACCGUUGGAUUGGUUUUAGCAUAUAAAAGCGAGCAGAAAAUAUUCGAGACAAAUCACCAUCGAAAAAGCUGGUGGAAUUGUUGGAAAUUCGGAUUAGCUACUACAUUCAAACUAUUUAUAUCGCAAUCAGGAAACAGCAAUGCAAUUUCAUUUACGGUUCGAGUGCUACUCUUUGCAUGUUUUCUUAACGAUUUGAUUAUAACGAGUAUAUACGGUGGCGGUCUUGCCAGUAUAUUAACCAUACCCAGUAUGGAUGAGGCUGCCGACACCGUACAACGGCUCCGCACACAUAAAUUACCUUGGGCGGCUAACUCGGAAGCUUGGGUUUCAUCCAUUCGUGGAUCAACUGAGGAAUUAGUAACGGAUCUGUUAAAAAAUUUUCACAUAUACAACGACAACCAGUUGCUCCGCUUUGCUCAAGAAAACCCGGUUCGCAUAGGAUUUACCGUUGAGCGUUUACCCUUUGGUCACUUUGCCAUCGGAAGUUAUUUGGUACCAAAGGCCAUUGAUCAAUUAGUAAUCAUGCAGGACGAUCUAUAUUAUCAGUAUACUGUUGCAUUUGUUCCCAGGCUUUGGCCCCUUCUUGAUGCCUUUAACAUGCACAUAUACAACUGGCACUCCUCUGGUUUAGAUAAGUACUGGGAGCACCGAGUAGUAGCGACAAACCUAAAUAUGCAGAUACAACAAAAAGUUGAAAGCACAAUGACCCGUAGUCAAGAUGACAUUGGUCCUGUUACUUUGGGUAUGUCAAACUUUGCUGGAAUCAUGCUUGUUUGGGUGUUAGGAUCCGUUAUGGCAGCAGUUGUCUUUGCUGCAGAGGUGAUAUCUAAAAUGUACAUAAAUUUUUAGUUUUUCGA